AGGCGGGUCCAGGCUGAGCAGGAGGAAGCACGCGGCCGAGCCCUCCGUGCAUUCGCAGCCCCCACCUGUGGGAUCAUCGCCCCCAUGGCGCAGGAUCUCCCAUUCCCAACCCCCGGGAGGCUGUGAGGAAGAGGAGGAUGGCCCUGGACAUGCAGGCGGAGCAGGAGCUGAGCAUGGAGAGCAGGGAGGACAAAUCCCCGCGGCAGAAGCUGGUGGCAGAGGCCGUUUUGAGCGGCUCCACGGCGCAGGAAGCCAACGGGGAGGAAAAGCCCCGGAGAUGCCGCACGAGGAGGGGCUGCAAACGCAGCUGGCGGGGAUCUGAGGGGGAAAGAGCCAGCCUGGGCCGGGAAGGCGGCCGCAGAUGGAGCCAGAGCUCGCAGCUGGUGGUCCGUGAGCAGCUCCGUGAUGGGGAGAAGCCCCACACGUGCGAGGAGUGUGGGAAGAGCUUCAGGAGGAGAUCCAGCCUGAUCAGGCACCAGAGGAGCCACACUGGGGAGAGACCCUACGAGUGUGGGGAGUGUGGGAAGAGCUUCAGCCUGAGCUCCAACCUGAUCAAACACCAGAAAAUUCACAGUGGGGAGAGGCCCUAUGAGUGUGGGAAAUGUGGGAAGAGCUUCAGAAGCAGCUCCCACCUGAUCAGCCACCAGAGGAUCCACACUGGGGAGAGGCCCUACGAGUGUGGGAAAUGUGGGAAGAGCUUCAGAAGCAGCUCCCACCUGAUCAGCCACCAGAGGAUCCACACUGGGGAGAGGCCCUACGAGUGUGGGAAAUGUGGGAAGAGCUUCAGAAGCAGCUCCAGUCUGAUCAUCCACCAGAGGAUCCACACUGGGGAGAAACCCUACGAGUGUGGGGAGUGUGGGAAGAGCUUCAGACAGAGCUCCAAUCUGAUCAAGCACCAGAGGAUCCACACUGGGGAGAGGCCCUACGAGUGUUCCAAGUGUGGGAAGAGGUUUCAGAGCAGCUCCAAUCUCCUCCAGCACUAUCAGACUCACUCAGAGGAGAGGCCAUUCCUCUGCCCUGACUGCGGGAAGGGAUUCAGCCGGAACUGCAACCUGGUCACCCACCAGCGCAUCCACACUGGGGAGAGGCCCUACGAGUGUGAUAAAUGCAGGAAGAGGUUUCAGACCUGCUCCCAUCUCCUCUGGCACUAUCGCAUUCACACAGAGGAGAGGCCCUUCAGCUGCCCCGACUGCGGGAAGGGAUUCAAGCGCAACUCCCACCUCGUCACCCACCAGCGCAUCCACACUGGGGAGAGGCCCUACGAGUGUGAUAAAUGCAGGAAGAGGUUUCAGACCAGCUCCAGUCUCCUCCUGCACUAUCGCAUUCACACAGAGGAGAGGCCCUUCAGGUGCCCCGACUGCGGGAAGGGAUUCAAGCACAACUCCACCCUCGUCACCCACCGGCGCAUCCACACCGGGGAGAGGCCCUACGAGUGUGGGGAGUGUGGGAAGAGCUUCUCCCGCAGCUGUACCUUGACCCGACACCAACGGAGGCACCGGUGAGGGAAGCCCUGCGAGUGCCCCGAGUGCGGGAAGAGCUUCGUGCGCUGCUCCAGCUCCAUCCCCCACUGCAGGACCCACGCUGGGCACAGCCCUGCUGACCCACAUUCCCUGUGAUCCAUGCUGGGAACACACCUAGCUGGUUAUUCUUUUGGUAUGGCCUUAAUGUUUUUUUCUCUUCUCAAUCUUUGCAGUCCAAACGCGAAGUGGGAUGGGUCUCUUAAUUCAGAACAACUCAGUCCCACUGAAAACAACACAAUUGUUGAAUUAAGGCUCAAUAGCACCAGAGAUUUGCUUCUUCCCACCUCAAACAACUCAAUCCCACAACAAAGUCACUCGACUCCAAAGCCACCAGGGUGACAUGGGCUUAGAUGACACUGGGAGAAGUGAAAUCCCAAUUUAGUGCGGAGGGACGGGGAUUGCGUGGGGCUGGGGGUGUGAGAUGUAUUUGGUAGCAAAUAAAACUCUCAGACUUAC